GUGACAGCGGGACAUGUCUCGGGAGCUGCAGGACGUGGACCUCGCUGAGGUGAAGCCUUUGGUGGAGAAAGGGGAGACCAUCACUGGCCUCCUGCAGGAGUUCGAUGUUCAGGAGCAGGACAUCGAGACUUUACAUGGCACCCUUCACGUCACGCUGUGCGGAACCCCCAAGGGAAACCGGCCCAUCAUCCUCACCUACCAUGACAUUGGCAUGAACCACAAAACCUGCUACAACCCGCUCUUCAAUUCAGAGGACAUGCAGGAGAUCACCCAGCACUUUGCCGUCUGCCACGUGGAUGCUCCCGGCCAGCAGGAUGGCGCUGCGUCCUUCCCUGCGGGGUACAUGUACCCCUCCAUGGACCAGCUGGCCAUGAUGCUGCCCGGCGUCCUUCAGCAGUUUGGACUGAAAAGCGUUAUUGGCAUGGGGACUGGAGCAGGCGCCUACAUCCUCACCCGAUUCGCUUUGAACAACCCUGAGAUGGUGGAGGGCCUGGUGCUCAUCAACGUGAACCCCUGUGCUGAAGGCUGGAUGGACUGGGCGGCAUCCAAGAUCUCAGGGUGGACCCAAGCCCUUCCGGACAUGGUGGUGUCCCACUUCUUUGCGAAGGAGGAGAUGCAGAGCAACGUGGAGAUCGUGCACACCUACCGCCAGCACAUUGUCAACGACAUGAACCCUAGCAACCUGCACCUGUUCAUCAACGCCUACAACAGCCGGCGGGACCUGGAGAUCGAGAGGCCAAUGCCCGGGACCCACACGGUCACCCUGCAGUGUCCUGCUUUGCUGGUGGUCGGGGACAACUCACCUGCCGUGGAUGCCGUGGUGGAGUGCAACUCGAAAUUGGACCCUACGAAGACCACCCUCCUCAAGAUGGCGGACUGUGGCGGCCUCCCCCAGAUCUCCCAGCCUGCCAAGCUGGCCGAGGCCUUCAAGUACUUCGUGCAGGGCAUGGGAUACAUGCCCUCAGCCAGCAUGACCCGCCUGAUGCGGUCCCGCACGGCCUCGGGCUCCAGCGUCACGUCCCUGGAGGGCGCCCGCAGCCGCUCCCACACCAGCGAGGGCACCCGCAGCCGCUCCCACACCAGCGAGGGCGCCCGCCUGGACAUCACCCCCAACUCCGGAGCCACCGGGAACAGCGCGGGGCCCAAGUCCAUGGAGGUGUCCUGCUAGGCAGCUGCGGGGACGGCCCCCCUGGACUUCGGACUGCUGUAGCUGCCCCUCCGCCCCCCGACCCUGCCUGCCACACUGCACAUAACUUGGUAUUAAUUAAUCCAAAGCUUAUUUUGUGAGAGUGAGCUCUGGUGAGGACGAGGUUCCAUUGGGCCUGUCGAGGGCGGCCGGGCACCAAGGGAAAAGAAGCAUCGCAGUGGCCCGUGUCCACGCGCCGUGGCCUGCUGGUCACGGCCCGCCCUCGAGGCGCCCGGUCCCCCCAGACAGGAAGCCCUUCCUCAGCGCAGGUGACCCGGCCGCCUGUUCUCACGGGCACUUUGUCCGGAGCCUGGUCUGCCUCCUUCCCGCUUCCUCUCCCACUGGAGAAAAACUGACCCCUUUUCUAGAAACAAAACCCUCUCUGAUGGGGAGAGGGGGCGCGGCAGGGCGGCGGGCUCCCUUAUGCAGCCAAACAGGAAGUGGGAAGAGGUGGAAUUAGGUGAUGACCAGAGGCCUUUGGAAAACAUGUGUCUGCCUAUGACCUUUAGGAAGUAGAUUUUGAAAGUCCGGACGGCUAUGCACUCCCUAGGGCUGGCGCCUGCCGGCCUGUGUCCCGGCCUUUUUACCGGCACUGAACAGCGCUCAGAACCUCCCGGCCUUGCAGAGAAUCAGGCUUGCUGACCGCGGCCUCCUGGGGGUCAGCCCGUGGCCCUGCCCUGCUCUCCUGGAGGUUCCCGGCCCAGGGCAGGCAGGCCAUGAGGCUGUCUUCUUUGCAAUGAAGGGAAUGUCCCCAGCUGCUGGCUGCUGUGAGGACUCUCCCUGCAGUGGGGGGCGCGGUGGGCUUGCGUGGUUUUGGGAAUGAGGUGUCAGGGAUCUGUCUGCGGUGGUGACAGAGUCCAGUGUGAUGGUGAUUUCAGGCCGUCCCUUGGCGUCCCCGCGACUUCAGCGUGUCGGAGGUAAAUCCAGCUUCCCAUCUUGAUGAGCGGGGUCGAGUCUGAGCUCGAGGGCGCGCGUUGCUGACCUGCUGCCGUUACGGGGCUCGGGGACACCUGUGCGCUCUCGUCGGGCGGGGGCCCUGCCUGGGCCGAAGGGUGAGGACUCCGGAGGGCUGUUCCGUGGGAGCGCGGCUCCAGCUUGCCCCCCUCCCCAACCUCUCUCGCCCAACGGGGCGGCGCCGGUGACCGCGGGCACCGGGUGUAGCUGCCACCACCCUGCACGCGUGCUUCUGACGCUCAUGCUGGCUAACCAUGGCCCUCUCCGAGGGACCCGCGCCCUCGGUGGGAUGUUCAGUCCUGCUGGCACACCAGCGAGGGAAUCCGCCAUGGGGCCUGGAAGUUUCCAGGACCCCCAAGUCGGUAGAAGGUCUGGAGGGGCAAUGCCUCAGUUUACCUGCUGUCUACCACCUGGGAGGCGUCCCCUGAUCUAUGCAGGACAGUCGGGGGCAGGGGUGGGCAGGGCAGGAGUGAUGUGAGUGCCCCCGGAAACUGUGUACAAGUCUUUCCAGAGGAGUUUCUUAAUGAGAUAUUUGUAUUUAUUUCCAGACCAAUAAAUUUGUAACUUUGCAGCGG